GAGAGAAGAGAGAGAGAGAGAAGAGAGAGAGAGAGAGAGAGAGAGAGAGAUUAGGGUUAGAUUGAUCAUGAUGAAUCGAAGAAACAGCUCCGGUGGAGGACAAAGUUCUUUGGGGUACUUGUUUGGUUCCACUGAUUCAGACAAACAGCAAAACGAUCGAUCGAAAGUAUCAUCAUCAUCGUCACCGCUCGUUUCUAUGCCGCCAUACGGCACCGAUAACGACGUCGAAGAGAAGCCACCGGAAAAAGCCCCAACUCCCCCUUCCAAAGCCGACCGCUCCUCAUCUCCCAACAAAUAUAUCUAUCAUGGAGACGGUGAUAAGUCUAAAGAUUUCGUAGUGACUGGGCGACCAUCGACAAAGGUUAAAUCGGUUCCUGGUGGAGAUUCAUCUCUUGGUUACUUGUUUGGAGAUAAUAAUUAAGUGAUGAUCUUCAUGAUCUUGAACUUAAUCAUGCAUCAGAUUGUUUUCAUAAUGUAAUUUGUAUUCCACCGGAGCCUGAAAUCGUGCCGGAUAAUGACGUCAUUUUCUGAUGUAUUAGGGUGUUUUUUCCGGUGGAAAUAUCUAUCAGGAAUGCCCAAAUUUCUUGAUGUUUUCUAGAUUGGAAUAUGGAAAGGAUCACAGAAGACAUUAGUGUUUAGGGUUUGAAGUGUGCUUAAUUCCAUGUUUGUUUGUAUUUAAUUUUUACAAUUUAUAUUUUUGUGUGUUAUAAUUA